AUGGUUGCUAAGAAGAGAAACACCCUUAGGGGCAAAGCGUCUACAAGAAACGCUCAAAGAAUUGGAGUAUCCGGGGCGGAAGAUGUCCAUGAGGAUCUACCGUAUGACUUGGAAUCGGAUCCAAAAGCCUUUUUGCAUCAACCAAAGGAAACCAAGAAGGAGAAACUGCUCAAUAAGCAAAACACAUUCUUGUCACAGCUGAAAGGAAGACCCAUGUCCGAUGUCGGUGUGAGCGCUAAUUUUGACGGAAUUUCCAAAUCCUCUGUUAGACGUAGGAAAAGGAAACUAAGAGAGGAAUUAAAACCAAGGAUGCAAGAUCUACUUACUUCUUUAGAGCAAGAAAAGGAUUUGCAAAGCAUUAUAAAAGAAACAGGCGUGGCUGUGGAUGGUAACAAUGAUAUUAAUAUGGACUCCAAGAUAAGAAUCGUAGAUACAAAGGAAAUGCGCCCGAAGAAAGCUGCUGAGCCAGGAUCCAUAAAGAUAAAAAAGAAUCAACCAAACAUCAAGAACCAAAAAGGUGCUAAGGCGCUGUCGGCCAGCGAAACCGCAAGGUUUAACCAAGUUUUGACAAAUCAGGAUUUCCAGAAAAAUCCGUUCCAUGCUUUGAGAGAGGUAAUUAAAUUACAAAAAUAA